AUGGCCGAUUCGACGGAAGGCGCUAACAGCGGUGCGAGAAAGCUGCCAACGUCAAUCGCGGCAAGCAAAGAGCUACUCACCGUCAGCGGUGAUUCGUUGCCUUUCUUGGAGCGUCUUUUGGCGCAGCCAGGCAAAACCAAUCCGCGCGCACACAAACAGCAGCAGCAGCAGCAGCAGCAGCAGCAGCAGCAGCAGCAGCAGAAGCCACCAUGGCAGGGGCAAGCGCCGCCAGCUAUGUUCACAUCGCCGGUUGGGGAGAGUUCGGUGCUGGCUCGCCUGCGGGGCUUCUUACCCCAGAUGGAGCAGGAGAACCAGAAGCUGCAGCGAGCCAUAGAGGAGCAGGGCCAGCAGGCGGUGAGCAUGGAGGCAGUUGACGACUCACAGCAACACAUAGAGAUGGAUCUAUCACUGGGUCUGGUUGACUUGCGCACGGCUGAUGCCGUAGCAGCAGCAGAGAGGGCUUUGUCUGGGGCCGGACAGGGGAGCUCUGUGGGCAGAGGGGAGGGGGAGGAGGGGGAGGUUGGUAGCAGCGAUUCUGACUCAGAAUUGGAAUCAGAGAGCGAAGAUUCUGAUGGUGGUGAUGGUGGGGAUGAGGGUGGUAUACGAAGGGCUGAUGCACAGGGGGGUGAUGGCCUAGGCGGUGGAGACAGCUCGUCCGAUGGAGCAUCUUUUUGUAACGCGUAUCCCUCUGAAACUCGUUCUAACGGAGCUGCCGUUGACAUGACGACCGGCAACUUGGCGGACGGAACGUUAACUGACGGUGGGGCACAAGCGGACGAAGCGUUCGUGUUUACGGACGACAUGUACGAAGGAGGCGUGGGGGCGCCAGGGUUACCUGGUUACAACGAAAUGGGCAAAGCUCCGUUAGGAGAAGGGGAGCUGACGUAUAGAGGGAUGAAUAUCCUCGCUCCAAUGGUUAGAGUGAACACCCUCGCAUUCCGGCUGCUGGCUCUGGACUGUGGCGCGGAUAUGGUGUACAGCGAGGAGGUGAUCGACCACCGCUUUGUACAGUGCAAGAGAGUGGUCAACUCUGCUGUGAAUUCCGUUGACUUCGUGGAGCCCAGCACCGGCAUCGUGGUGUUCCGCACGUGUGAGGCGGAGAGGACGCGAGUGGCUUUCCAGAUCGGCACGGCCGAUGCUGUCCGGGCUUUAAGGGCUGCCGAAAUGGUCUGCAACGACGUGGCAGCGAUAGACAUCAACAUGGGGUGCCCCAAGCCCUUCUCCACCAGUGGAGGCAUGGGCUCUGCUCUGCUCUCCCGUCCAGAGAACGCAUGUGACAUCCUCUCCACGCUGCGUCGCAACCUGCCUGCCUCCAUCGCAGUCACCUGCAAGAUCCGUCUACUCGACUCGCCCCACCGCACACUCGACUUCGCCAGGGCUGUUGAAAGCACAGGCAUCUCGGCUCUGGGCAUUCAUGCGCGGAAGGUUCCUCACCGCCCGUCAAUGAAGGCGCAGUGGGAGGCUCUUCCUGCAGUGGUGUCGUCGCUCUCCCUCCCCGUCAUUGCUAAUGGGGAUGUCUUCUGCUACAGUGAUUUUGACUCCAUUCGAUCAGCAACAGGAGCGUCCUCAGCCAUGGCAGCGCGAGCGGCUCUGUGGAACCCAACCGUGUUUCGACCAGAGGGGCAGCAGAACUGGGAGGUGGUGAAGAGGCUGUUUCUGAGGCAGUGUGCGCAGUGGGACAAUGAUUACAAGUGGUCCAAGCAUGUGAUAAGGGAGAUGAUCAUCCAUCAUGCCAACUACGAGGUUGGAGAGGGCAGAGGCGUUAACCGAUGCCAGACCCUUCCACAGCUCUGUGACUACUACGGCCUGUCAGAGUUCUACGAGGAGUCCCUAAGAGCAAGAGCUUUGAGGGCACAGCAGAGCACAGCACACUGA